UUGUUUUGUUUAUUUUAUUUUUUAUAUUGCCGAACACUUAACUAAACCCUCCUCCACCCUGACUGCUUAACGGAAACGCCGUCUGCAACACACCAACAUGUCAAACUCCGGUGACGCAAAUGCAACAUCACAAGAACAAGAGCAAGAAUGGGCAACAAUGGCUCAAGCAUGGCUUAUAUCCUUCCCCGAGCCCAAGGAAGUAAGCAUGGCGGAAGUUGAAGCUUGGAUCGACUCUAACCUCUCUUCUCUCCCCGAAGGCAUCCAAUCCAUGCCUCGCUCCGAUCUUUGCCUUAGACUCAUUUCCAUUCAAAAUUGCAUGAGACUCCCCAAUCAGGAAAAGGAAACGAAUAAUGUUGAUGUUCCUCAUGCAAGGUUUCAACGAACCGAUCAAUGGCUUCCGGUAUAUGCAUGGCUAGAAACUUUGAAUAAAGAUGAAGUGGUUAAGUCUAAGGAAAUUGCUGAUUGGUUAGAACAAAACCCUAAGAUUCAAGAACAGUUAUGCUCUAGACAUUCUCGUUAUCAUUUGAUGCAUUAUGUCAAAAAAUGCCAUUUCAAAAUUUUGAGAAGAAGGCAAAAGGGGAAGGGUUUAGAACAGCCUAGCAAAGACUUUCCUUUGAAGGUUCGGAAAGAUGUGGCAAUGAAACAUUCAUCUCCAUUUCCAAAUAGUGCUGUUAACAAACUUCCCAAAGACAGUGAUUUGUUCUUGGCCAAAAGAAAUGAAGCCUAUCAAAAAUAUGAGAUUUUACUUGAGUUGGAGAAGCUGUUUUCCCCAAUAUUCUCGAAACCUCCUAUCACAAACCAGUGAGGCCAUGUCGGAAACAUCAACUACUGUCAGUCUGUAGAGUGCAGAUUGAUAUGUGCAGCGACCAAGAAUUUCCUGAUUCGGUCUCACUCCGGAGGUACCCUUGUGUUAAUGUAAUUCAUCUUCUCACAAUUCCUGUUCAAUGAAGCAAUGUUGCCGCUCCUAAGCGUUCACCUUAGAGGGUAAUUGUUCUCAAUAGGGAAUGGUAGAUCAUAGGUAUUUAUUUAUUAUCUAGAAAGUAGUGCAGCCGAAUUAUUUACUCUAUAACAUCUGUUUCGGAAAUUAUUAAUCUGAGCUAAUCCAAAGAUUUCCUGUUAUGAUUAAUGGAACAUUUUCAUGUAUUUCUGUAAAGCGAUGAAUACAAUACAUGAAGCUAGUUGGUUAUUUUUU